AUAGUCUGUGCAGACUGCAGACAAACAAAAUUGUACAAAACAUGGCGGAGAGUCUUGCGGAAUGAGUUUAUGUUUGACAAAAAAGUAAACACUGUUCAUCUUUGUUGAAAAGUAUUACUUGGUGUAUUGCUUUUUACGAGUAUGUAAAAACUACAUAAGUUACAGAAAAUACAUCUUCCAUUUUCAACACAUAAUGAGGUAACAUUGGAAAGAAAGAUGUUUAAGCAACAAAUAUCGCCACGAACUGUGCAUCCGUACCAAACGACGGUGGUGCCCCGAAGUGAACAGCAGUUCGCCUCGGCUGCACAACAAAGGGCGAAGUACCCGUGGGCGGAAGAUAUUAACACCCCAGUUUACCAAGUUCCUGGAACCGACAGCUCCACAUCCGACAAUGCCUAUCAAAUGCCUCAUUACUAUAAUGGUACUGUUAGAGAAUAUGGGCCUCCAUCCCCUGUAUAUCAGUCACCAUACGGUGGUGGAACUUGGCGUAAUUACAAGAAUGUAGAGAAAGUUCCUACUCACCGUCUGCCAGCAGAAGCUUAUUCAUUUCCACAGUGUGCUUCUGCAUUCUCCCUGCCACUGUGUGACGUGGAGCCCCAUUCGCAGACUGCUAACAGAUCACCAGUGCCACCGGUACCCUCCAUAAGCCCCGAGGUACCCAUUAUAGGGGCUUGUGGUGGCCAUUGCCCUGGAUUUGAAUAUGUUUGCUAUUAUAUUCUACAGGUUAUUUUUGUAGUAGGUAUAUUAACUGGAAUAUCUCUAUGUAUUGCUGGAAUAGUAUUGAGGCGUACAAAUCGUAAUGGAGAUCUCGGAGUAUUAGUAUACAUAGGAUGCUUAUCUUCUUGUGUUUGCGGCGUGUUGCUUGGCGUUCAAUGCUGCGUUCGCCGCGAGAUAAGACAAAGGAAACUGCGUGCCAAUAUGCAUAUACCAAUGCAAUCCAUUCAGGAACCGCCUGCCCAAGCUUGCCCACUGUUGACGUCCACAUUACCUCAUAGUCAAGUAUAUAGACCUACCGUAAAUAUAUGUUCAGAAGAAGAUGUGACCGGAGUUCCUUGGUGGCGUCGAAAUAACAGAGACUGAUUAGAUUUAAGUUAUAUACACAUGUGUAUUUUUAAUUAUAAUUUUGUUUACAUAAGCAUAUACAAAUAAUACCAUGAUUGUUAUUUUUACAAUAUAAUGUAGUGAAUUGAUAUAA